GAAAGAAAUUCAAAAAGCGACUUUGAAAUCUCCGUCAGACGCUGCGUUCCCUUGUUCUGUCGGCCUUCCCUCCUUCCCCCAACUUCGAUAAAUGCAGCUCCACCUAUAGCACUUCCAAGACCCAAGCAAGUAAGCACGCUCGGUGAAGCUCAAAGAUGGCAACUUCUGCUUUUUCCAAUGCCUUUCUCUCUUCUACUUGCCCAAAUUCUCACCUUUCCGGUUCGCAUCGUCCCAAAUUCUCAGUUCUCAGAUUUUCGAACAUUGGAUCUCCCUCUGUUGUGGCCAACCCUCUGAGGAUGACAGCGGGUAAAAGACGAUUCACGACGUUUUGUUCUUCGGAUGCUGCUAAUGGCCCAAAAGAAGAUGAUAAACCAAUUGAAUUAAAGUAUCCUGCAUUCCCGACAGUUUUGGAUAUCAAUCAGAUUCGUGACAUUCUGCCCCACAGGUUUCCGUUUCUUCUAGUGGAUAGAGUGAUUGAAUACAAUCCUGGAGUUUCUGCUGUGGGCAUAAAGAAUGUAACAAUAAAUGACAACUUUUUCCCUGGGCAUUUCCCAGAAAGGCCAAUUAUGCCUGGUGUUCUCAUGGUUGAGGCAAUGGCACAAGUUGGUGGGCUGGUCAUGUUGCAACCUGAAGUGGGAGGUUCUCGGGAAAAUUUCUUUUUUGCCGGAAUUGACAAAGUCCGGUUUAGGAAGCCAGUGAUUGCAGGAGAUACCUUGGUUAUGAGAAUGACACUUAUCAAGCUGCAAAAGCGAUUUGGGAUAGCAAAGAUGGAAGGGAAGGCUUAUGUUGGAGGUGAAGUUGUAUGUGAGGGCGAGUUCUUGAUGGCUACCGGGAGUGGGAGUGAAUAAAUAGAGAUGCAUUGCUCAUUAAACAUUGAACUGAUUUUGCUGCAUCUCCUUGUGCAAUACUUCUGAUCGAGUCUUCUAGUUUCAUGUAUCAUCUAAAUUUUGUGCUUUUUUAGGCAUUCUUAGGGUCACUUAGCACUAAAUUAUCUUCCAGAUGAACAAUUGGACUAGUCGAGACAAGGUUGAUGGAUGAACAGAAUUGCACUUGACUUUCUAUUCUCUUA